CCCUGGGUCCAGGGGAGGAAUCCUACAGUGGUAGGGUGCUUGGGGCUGUCUCUUUCUCUCUUUGUCCAGAGCCUUAUGUAAGAGCUUUUCUCGGGAAACAGGAAGUCCUGCUUGCCAAGUUCAGCACAGGGAGUAGUGCAGGCCUUAUUCCAACACACCCGGCCUGGCCUUAACCCCAGAACUCAGCCAGUUUCUUGCUUCCGCGACCCUGGUUCUCCUCCCACCGACCCCCUCCCUCCUUCCCCACUUUCAGUCAUUCCUAGCAAACUUCCCCAGAGAUCUCUCCCAUGCCUGAGCCAGAGGGUCUUCCACCCUCACCACUUGACCCUCAAAGCUGCCCAGCUUGUCCCUCCAUCCCUGCUCCUGGCACCAUGCCCCACAGCCAGCCAACCUUCCCUCCCCCACUUCUGGGGCCGCCCCAGGGUUCCUGUGCUCUGGCCGCUCCUCCUGGGUGUCACUGGCAGCCCCGUCCUUCCUAGAGAGACUGACACCAAAUUCUCCUGAGGCUGGAGGAGGGUGAGGGGUCUCAAGACAACACUGGCCCCACAGCGGGGUGCCAGGAGCACCAACAGUGCCCCGAGCUUGCUUUCCUCCUCCCUCCUUUUUAUUCUCAAGUUCCUUUUUAUUUCUCCCUUGCGUAACGCCCUUCUUCCCUUCUGCACCACCGCCUGCACCCCCACCCUCUCCGCCACCUCCUUGCCACCCCACUCCUGAGACCACAGCUGUUGGCAGGGUCCCCAGCUCAUGCCAGCUUCAUCUCCUUCCUUGCUAGCCCCCAAAGGGCCCCGGGGAGACAUGGGGGGCCCGGUCCGAGAGCCGGCACUCUCAGUUGCCCUCUGGUUGAGUUGGGGGGCAGCUCUGGGGGCUGUGGCUUGUGCCAUGGCUCUGCUGACCCAACAAACAGAGCUGCAAACCCUAAGGAGAGAGGUGACCCGGCUGCAGAGGACUGGAGGGCCCUCCGAGAAGGGGGAAGGGUAUCCAUGGCUGAGCCUCCGGGAGCAGAGCCCUGAGGCCCUAGAAGCCCGGGAGAAUGGGGAGAGAUCCCGGAGAAGGAGAGCAGUGCUCACCCAUAAACAGAAGAAAAAGCACUCAGUUCUGCACCUUGUUCCCAUUAACAUCACCUCCAAAGAGGACUCUGAUGUGACAGAGGUGAUGUGGCAACCAGCUCUAAGGCGUGGGAGAGGCCUGGAGGCCCAAGGAUAUGUUGUUCGAGUCUGGGAUGCUGGAGUUUAUCUGCUGUACAGCCAGGUCCUGUUUCAUGAUGUGACUUUCACCAUGGGUCAGGUGGUGUCUCGGGAGGGCCAGGGAAGGCAAGAGACUCUAUUCCGAUGUAUAAGAAGUAUGCCCUCCAACCCGGACUGGGCCUACAAUAGCUGCUACAGUGCAGGUGUCUUCCAUUUACACCAAGGAGAUAUUCUGAGUGUCUUAAUCCCCCGGGCAAGGGCGAAACUUAGCCUCUCUCCACAUGGAACCUUCCUGGGGUUUGUGAAACUGUGAUUGUGUUACAAAAGAUGGUUCUGAGCUUGGAAAACCAGGGUGGGUACAUAUUGGAGACAGCCAAGAGCUGACUAGACAAAGGACAGGAAAUGGGCAGGAACAGAAGCCUCUUCUGAGUUUGACUGGAACUUUGGGUUGGACAGCUCAUGACUUUCCUCCUUUCCCUUUCCACCCACACCCCCUAGCCUUUGAUUUUAUGGAUGUUAAAGUAGUAGAAUAUUUUGCUUUUAUCGCCCAUCCAGCCUCAAAUUCUUAAGGGGAAUGGAGGGGGGAGGGAAUGCCAAGCAUUGUCUAGACCUGCUCUGGGUCCCACUGGAAUGCUUCCAGAACAGCACCACCAUCUAGCGGCAGUUUGAGAGAAUCAUCCCGCCUGUUGGCAGAAGUCCAUGAAGCCUCCCUCCACUCAGGAAAACGUUCCCUAUGCCAAACCUCUCCAGGUACCCUCUGCGUCAUCGCCCCACAGGAAGCCUCAUCCUCACUUCCUUCUCUCCAUCUACUGGGCCUCAGUUUCCAUCACUAUCUCCAGAGGUGUAUUUAUUAUGCGCCCAUCUGAUCGGGGUGCCCGACGACGACGGCCCCUUUGCAGCCACAUUACUCUUCGGGUCCCAAGUUUUGCCUUUCAUGCUCUCCAUUGCCCUGGAGUGGCAGGCCACUCCAAGCCCUUCUGGGCUGGGACGGGUAACCGGGGAGCUUUGGAUGAAUCGAACGCCCUGAUGCUGGUCUUGCCUCACUCCUCUGAGCUCUUCUUUCUGCUCAAGCCCUGCUUAAAGUUAAAUAAAAGAAAAUAAAUGAUACCUCG